UGGCCGCCGUACAGCUGCUGCGGGUGCCGGUCUUAUAUAUACAGUCUAUGGUGUCGGUACGUGAGCGGAUCAGCGCUGCCGCUGAUGACUGCCUGCUGCAGGUGGAGAAAGGAGGAGGACAGGCUCAAGUCCCGGAGCUGAGAGCGAUGCUAAUGGCGGCCUGGGAGGAGAUCCUCGCGGGGCUUGAGGAAACCUUGGCAGAGUACGAGGACCGAGUGGAGCAGUCCAAGCGGGAGAUCUGCCGCCAGAGGAGGCUGCUCGAUGCCGUGAUGCAGCCCAUAGUCCGGCUGCUCAGAGCAGGCCAGCAGAAGUCUCUGGUUCCUGCUGCUGUCUCUCUCCGUUCGAGCCGAGCCUCGAUGUGCUCAGAGAAGAGGAACAUGGCCGCCGUGCAGCUGCUGCGGGUGUCGGUACAUGAGCGGAUCAGCGCUGCCGCUGAAGACUCCCUGCUGCAGGUGGAGAAAGGAGGAGGACAGGCUCAAGUCCCGGAGCUGAGAGCGAUGCUAACCGAGCGGCUAAUGGCGGCUGGGGAGGAGAUCCUCGCGGUGUUUGAGGAAACCUUGGCAGAGUACGAGGACCGAGUGGAGCAGUCCGAGCGGGAGAUCUGCCGCCAGAGGAGGCUGCUCGAUGCCGUGAGGCAGCCCGUAAUCCUGGUGCAGCCCGUAGUCCUGCUGCACAAAGCAGUGUGUCCUGCAGACGUCCAGCAGCUGAUGGUGAAUAAAGAAGAGGUUCCCCCUGAGCAGGAGGAGGCUGAUAUCAAGUUCACAUUGACUCCUGUCGCUGUGAAGAGUGAAGAAUGUGAAGAGAAACUUAAAUCGUCAAACCUUCAUCCGAGGGAGACGAAGGAGAACAGAGGGAACCUAAGGGGCAAUCUAAAGAAAGACGUCCAGCAACUGAUGGUGAUUAAAGAAGAGGUUUCCCCUGAGCAGCAGCAGUGGAGCUCCCUUGUGGACCAGGAGGACCCAGAGCCCCCUCACAUUAAAGAGGAACAGGAGGAACCGUGGACCAAUCAGGAUGGACAGCAGCUUCAAGGACUGGAGGAGGCUGAUAUCAAGUUCACAUUCACUCCUGUCGCUGUGAAGAGUGAAGAAGAUGAAGAGGAACAGAAAUCGUCAAAGCUUCAUCCGAGUGAGAGAAGAGGGAACCUAAGGGGCAAUCUAGAGAAAGAGAAACCUUUUAGUUGCUCUGAGUGUGGGAAAAGAUUUAACCAAAAGAGCCAUCUUACUAUGCACAUGAGGACUCAUACAGGAGAGAAGCCAUUUAGUUGCUCUGAGUGUGGUAAAAGAUUUACAGCACGUGGCCAACUGAAAACACAUAUGAGGCUUCAUACAGGAGAGAAGCCAUUUAGUUGCUCUGAGUGUGGUAAAAGAUUUAGCCAAAAGGGCCCUCUAAAUAGACAUAUGAUGCUUCAUACAGGAGAGAGGCCAUUUAGUUGCUCUCACUGCGGUAACAGAUUUAUCGAAAGAGGCAAUCUAAAUCAACAUAUGAGGCGUCAUACAGGAGAGAAGCCAUUUAGUUGCUCUGAGUGUGGUCACAGAUUUUCCGAAAGGGCCGGUCUAAAUAUACACAUGAAGCUUCAUACAGGAGAGAAGCCAUUUAGUUGCUCUGAGUGUGGUAACAGAUUUACCGCAAAGGGCGGUCUAAUUAAACAUAUGAGGAUUCAUACCGGAGAGAAGCCAUUUAGUUGCUCUGAGUGUGGUAAAGGAUUUACCCAAAGCGGCACUCUAAUUAAACAUAUGAGGAGUCAUACAGGAGAGAAGCCAUUUAGUUGCUCUGAGUGUGGUAAAAGAUUUACCGCAAGCGGCGGUCUAAAAAAACACAUGAGGAGUCAUUAGGGUUGCAAAAUUCUAUAUAUUCAAAAUUGGAAACUUUCCAUGGGAGUUAAUGGGAAUAAACUGGAAAUUUUGUUGGUAAUUUAUACUAACUGUAUUUACCUUGUCAUAAACAGACAUAAAUAUAAACAUUUUUUUUUGUCAUAAGCUGAUUUGAGCCCUGAGGAUACUUUGGACACUUGACUAUAUGCUUCUGCAUCUUUGUGGCAUUCUUAACAUAGGUCUUUGCACAGUAUUUGCAAAUGUACACAACCUUUCCUUCUACAUUGGCUGGGGGUGAAAUGUCUUCAAAUAUGAGAUAGUGCACGUGGCAUUGUUCUGUAGAAUAAGAUGACAAAAAAGCUUGUACAAAACACUAAUGCAAUGCCAGAGAUAUAAAUAGUUAGGUAAAAAAUUGGAAUCGUCUUUAAAAAUAUUUUACAAUUGAUGGAUAAAUUAAUAGAAUUAGGGUAGAUGAACAGAUGAACUAUCCUCAAUCAGCACGCUAAUAUAUUUCCCCAGUAAUAUCAUCAAAACUUACCUGACUAGCCCUUGGGCUAAUGCAGUAGUGUGGCCUCAAUAGCCCUGCUGUAGUGUGCAGGAUGCUGGGAAUUAUCUGUGUAUGUGAUGGAGAAAUGCACGGUGCACGGUUGAAAUUCAACAUGCAGCGUGUGCUUCAUUCCAUACAUCUUUAAAAUUGAGUCAGCAUUUAAUUUGCGGCAAAAAAAAAAAUUCCAAAAUUCCCCAAAUUCCCGUGCUUAACUUCCCGUGGAAAGUUUCCGGAAAUUUACCGAAAAAUGUUCCACCCCUUUGCAACCCUAGGAGUCAUUCAGGAGAGAAACCCUUAAGUUGCUCUGACUGGUAAAAGAUUUAAGAUCCAGUCCUAUUGUACGAGACGCGAUGAUUCAUAAAGGAGAGAAAUUAUUCAUUAGCAACCUUUGUGGCAAAUUAUUUUUUUGGAUUUAUCAGCAGAUAUUCAUGCGAUACAUAUUCAUAGUUCACUGUUUUAAAUAGACUACAGUUUUUAGGUCCUUAGAAAAUAUAACUAAUUGAAUAAUAUCGAAAGGUUCUUGUUUAUAUAUCUUGUUUCUACUGAUUUCUACAUAACUUUUUCUAUU